AUGUAUACCGUUGCUUGUUUCUAUACCUCCAAAGAGAUCAUUUAUAAGAAAGUCAUUGGUGUUCUUCGCAAGUGCUGGGAGGGACUUAUUUUCACAGUCUUUUGGGGUUUCUUUAUGGGGGCUAUAUACACCCCUGCGGCACUCGUUUUGUUAUUAAGGUUUUUCAAAGGCGUGGAGGAUUUGAAAGUAUAUUCAGAUCCUUACUUUACCGGAUUCUUUUACAUGCUGGGUGUUUGGAGUGUCGCAAUAGUAGUUAUGGAAUUAGAGAAGGAUUAUGGUAUAAAAGCUUUGGCAAAGAGUGUGAGAUUGAUUUUCAGUAAGAUAUGGACUUCUUGUGCUGCCUAUGGUUCGCUUGAAAUCACAUUUACUGGUAUAAUUUUACCUUCUUGUUACCCGGUGGUUUAUGGAAACAAAAUGAAUCUGGUGGGUAAAUUAUUUGUGGUAAUUGGUUGUAAUUUGUUGACUAUUAUUUGGAUUUAUUUCUCGCUUGUUCGUUUCACCGUGGUUUACCUCGUCUGCAAAUCAUACCACAACGAAGACAUAUCAACUGCUACAACUCAUGCAACGGUUGUCCCUACUGUACCUUUGGUUAGUGAAAAAGAGGUUCAAUUAGAACGAGUACCGGUUUGA